GCGCGAGCCACGGGGAGCGCGGGGGCGGCCCGGAGCACCCGGGGUCCCCGCGCCCCGCUCGCCCGCCGCGCUCCGAAGAUGGUGGCGGCGCCGUGCGCCCGGAGGCUGGCCCGGCGCUCGCACUCGGCGCUGCUCGCGGCGCUCACCGUGCUGCUGCUGCAGACGCUGGUCGUGUGGAAUUUCAGCAGCCUCGACUCUGGGGCCGGGGAGCGUCUCGGGGGCGCAGCGGCCGGCGGCGCCGAGCAGCCGCCCCCGGCCCCGGCCCCGCGCCGCGAGCGCCGGGACCUGCCCGCCGAGCCGGCUGCAGCCCGAGGAGGAGGCGGCGGCGGCGGCCGCGGAGGACGGGGGCCCCCGGCGCGGGCACGGGGAGGCGGCGCAGGAGAACCCCGGGCGCAGCAGCUGGCCAGUCGGGGGGCACUGCCCCCGCGGGCGCUGGACCCACACCCAAGUCCGCUGAUCACCCUGGAGACCCAGGAUGGCUACUUCUCUCACCGGCCCAAAGAGAAAGUGCGGACGGACAGCAACAACGAGAACUCGGUCCCCAAGGACUUCGAGAAUGUGGACAACAGCAACUUUGCCCCCAGGACACAGAAGCAGAAGCACCAGCCUGAGCUGGCCAAGAAGCCCCUGAGCCGACAGAAGGAGCUUUUGAAAAGGAAGCUGGAGCAGGAGAAGGGGAAGGGACACGCGUCCCCGGGCAAAGGCGCCAACGAGGUGCUGCCUCCUGGCGAGGGAGCUGCGGUGAACAGUAGCCAUGGGAAGGAUGCCCCCAGACAGCCCCAUGCCAGGAAGAGCGGGGGUAGCUCCCCCGAGAUCAAGUAUGACCAGCCACCCAAGUGUGACAUCUCGGGCAAGGAGGCCAUCUCCGCCCUGUCGCGCUCCAAGUCCAAGCACUGCCGCCAGGAGAUCGGCGAGACCUACUGCCGCCACAAGCUCGGGCUGCUGAUGCCAGAGAAGGUGACGCGGUUCUGCCCGCUGGAAGGCAAAGCCAACAAGAACGUCCAGUGGGACGAGGAUUCGGUGGAGUACAUGCUGGCCAACCCGGUCCGAAUCGCUUUCGUCCUGGUGGUCCACGGCCGUGCCUCCCGGCAGCUGCAGCGCAUGUUCAAAGCCAUCUACCACAAAGACCACUUCUACUACAUCCACGUGGACAAGCGCUCCAAUUACCUGCAUCGCCAAGUGCUCCAGUUUGCCAAGCAGUACAGCAAUGUCCGCGUCACCCCCUGGAGGAUGGCCACCAUCUGGGGGGGCGCCAGCCUCCUGUCCACAUACCUGCAGAGCAUGCGGGACCUCCUGGAGAUGACCGACUGGCCCUGGGACUUCUUCAUCAACCUCAGUGCAGCCGACUACCCCAUCAGGACGAAUGACCAGCUGGUGGCAUUUCUCUCCCGAUACCGAGAUAUGAAUUUCUUGAAGUCACAUGGCCGGGACAAUGCAAGGUUCAUCCGGAAACAGGGCCUGGACCGGCUUUUCCUGGAGUGUGACGCCCACAUGUGGCGCCUGGGGGACCGGCGGAUCCCUGAGGGCAUCGCCGUGGAUGGCGGCUCGGAUUGGUUCCUGCUGAACCGGAAGUUUGUGGAGUAUGUGACCUUCUCCACAGAUGAUCUGGUGACUAAAAUGAAGCAAUUCUACUCCUACACCCUGCUUCCUGCAGAGUCCUUCUUCCACACGGUCCUGGAGAACAGCCCCCACUGUGCCACCAUGGUGGACAACAACCUGCGCGUCACCAACUGGAACCGCAAGCUGGGCUGCAAGUGCCAGUACAAGCACAUCGUGGACUGGUGCGGCUGCUCCCCCAACGACUUCAAGCCGCAGGACUUCCACCGCUUCCAGCAAACAGCCCGGCCUACCUUCUUUGCCCGCAAGUUCGAAGCCGUGGUGAAUCAGGAGAUCAUCGGGCAGCUGGACUACUACCUGUACGGGAACUACCCUGCCGGCACCCCUGGCCUCCGCUCCUACUGGGAGAACGUCUACGAGGAGCCCGACGGCACCCAUAGCCUGAGCGACGUGGCGCUCACCUUGUACCACUCCUUCGCCCGCCUGGGCCUCCGACGCGCUGAGACCUCGCUGCACACGGACGGGGAGAACAGCUGCAGGUACUACCCGAUGGGCCACCCAGCAUCUGUCCACCUCUACUUCCUUGCUGACCGCUUCCAGGGCUUUCUGAUCAAGCACCACGCUACCAAUCUGGCCGUGAGCAAACUCGAGACCCUGGAGACGUGGGUGAUGCCCAAGAAGGUCUUCAAGAUCGCAAGCCCACCUAGCGACUUUGGGAGGCUUCAGUUUUCCGAGGUCGGCACUGACUGGGAUGCCAAGGAGCGGCUCUUCCGUAACUUUGGGGGUCUCCUGGGGCCCAUGGACGAGCCGGUAGGCAUGCAGAAAUGGGGGAAGGGCCCCAACGUGACCGUGACCAUCAUCUGGGUGGACCCCGUCAACGUCAUCGCGGCCACCUACGACAUCCUGAUUGAGUCCACUGCCGAAUUCACCCACUACAAGCCCCCUUUGAACUUGCCCCUGAGGCCUGGGGUCUGGACAGUGAAAAUUCUCCACCACUGGGUGCCCGUCGCAGAGACCAAAUUCCUCGUCGCACCUCUGACCUUCUCCAACAGGCAGCCCAUCAAAGCGGAGGAGGCCCUGAAGCUGCACAACGGACCCCAUCGCAGCGCCUACAUGGAGCAGAGCUUCCAGGGCCUGAACCCCGUGCUCAGCCUGCCCAUCAGCCCGGCCCAGGUGGAGCAGGCCCGGAGGAACGCGGCCUCCGCGGGCGCCGCGCUGGAGCGCUGGCUGGACUCGCUGGUGGGCGGGAUGUGGACCGCCAUGGACGUCUGCGCCACAGGCCCCACCGCCUGCCCCGUCAUGCAGACCUGCAGCCAGACGGCCUGGAGUUCCUUCAGUCCUGACCCCAAGUCGGAGCUGGGGGCAGUCAAACCCGACGGCCGGCUCAGGUAGCACUGGGCGCAAGUGGGCCACAGCGGAUGUCCAAGGGAACACAGCCAGAGGCCCGGUGGGGCCGGACCCUGGCCUCCCACCCUGGGGGUGCCUUCUGUGGGAGGGGCUCUGCUGGCCAUAGAGUGAUGGAGAAGGAAGGUUCCGAGGCCAAAGCAGGGUCUGCCGAUGACCUGCAUUUGGCAAGCCGGCUCCUGGAGGCGUGGUCUUACCUCUUCUGGCCGAUCCUCAAGUCCUACAGGGUCCUUGUCUUCCCCCUCCAAUGACCCAACCCCCCAGACAAGUGAUUCUCAAACUUUUUACUUUGAACAGCAGAACUUUGUUUACUAAGUGCAGUCAUGGGUGGAAGUUCAAGGUGCAGACGAAAUCCAGGCUGCUCUGGUGGAAGCUGGGGCGGGAGGUUCUUUCUCAGAGCUCAGCCCGCCGGGCAGCCCCUUUGCCAAGGGCAUCUUCUAAGGUACCUCUUCAGAACCCAAGGGCUCUGCAAAACCCAGUUCGAAAAGCACUGCCCAGACGGUGGGUUUGAUCUCCGGCCCCCACCCUUCAGCUCAUCUUCCCCCUCCUCGGGUCCAGGAAACCCUCGCGCCGGCCCUGAGCUAACCGGCCACUGAAAGGCACGCUCAUGGGCCCUCCCCGGGCAGGCAGCGGGCACAGAUGGCUCCACGCCUCCUACCAGCCCUCUUAGUCAUUAGGUGAGCAGGGAGGCCUGUGCUGUGACACGGCCCGGGGCCACCGAGGGGUGACUGCCGCCCUCCCUCCAGGGAACAUGGGAUGACGAGGAGCAAGGAGUCUCCAGCCCUCCGUGGGCCAGGAGACCAAGCCUGUGACCUUGUUGAUCCCCGACAGUGGGAGUAUUGGGGUCCAUGAGCACGAAACUCGAGGAGACUCUUUGCAGCUAAACUCCUGAGCUGAACAGCACAGCAAUAUCCGCCCCCUGCCCGAGCCUGUUCGUUCUGGCGUCCCCAGACCUUUGGGAAUCGCACACUCGGUGCUGCUGGGAGUGACCAACUGCAUGGACCAGACUUUUCACACCCAGGAAAAAGCAUUUGUGAUUUGGUUUUUUAAUUCAUGCCCUUCCUUACCCGAGCUGCCCAUCCGCUGUGCAGUGUAAGAGUGGGAAGCUUGAGUGUCCUCUGGUUUACAACCUGAACAAUAGUGUUACUCAAUGGCCGAGCUACCGGAAACCUGGAGGGUCUCCUUGCCAUGUGUCCCAUGGAGGGCCCCCCUUCUCCUCUGACCCCACCCUCCCCCAAAGGACAGGGUCCCCUUGGACAAGUCUCACCCCUGGUUGCAAAGCAUGCACCCCAAAAGACCCAGUCCUUGGUGUGUGUCUCUCCAGCAUGAGUCUGAAGGUACUGCAGUUCACCCCAAUGACCUUCCAGCUGUUGCCCCGACCACCCCAUCCCCCACCCAGCAAGGCAGGAUGUCCAAUGGGCAAUGGAGGAUACAGAGAAAGGACACUUUAGAUAUUUAUUAUUUAUAUGUUUUAGUCGAUGACUAAUUAGUAGGUGCUGUUUUUGCAGCUUGUCAAUUGUGUUGUCUUAACUGAAGCUGCCUUUAUUCACAAAAGGCCCCCAGCUCUUUUCCUCCCUCCUCUGUCCUCCCCAUCUCCUAGUGUC